UAUUUUUUUCUACGCUGUAAAAUGUUUACUGACAAUUUUGGAAAUUAGGUCUGAAGAAGGGUGGGAAUCUAAAAACGAAAAUGUGUUGGAGCCUUGGAACAAGAAGAGAACACGAGAGAGUAAAGAGAAAACUGAAGCUGAACUACGUCUGAUGCUUAUAUUUCCACCAUUUCAAUAUAACAAACCACAACACUGGCGACGAGGAUCUCUUUCUGUGCCUUUACCAGCUCCACACGAAACAUCUUGAUUCUUGCCUGGCUCUUUAAGAGCAGCCGUCUGUGUUCAGUGUGCUGCGUGAUGUAACAACCCGAUGAUGUGUGAUUUCAUUACCUGAGUUGCAAACUAACUCCGGUAGAUUUAUUACGGCUGCGUCCCUCCGCUUCGUGCUCCCAGCGUCUUCCGUUCGCGGCUCCUAUUGGCCGGUUGCGCUGAGAGAGAGAAGGAGAGGGCUCCACAGCGCCACGCCGCGUAGCUCCGGGGAUCAUCUGGCGCAGAGAGAGAGCGCACAGCUCGGCCGCCAGCAGCGCAGCGAGCCGCGGGGCUGGUGAGGGCGGAGGGAUGAUGUGAUGCGGGCGGCCAGGCUCAACGCUACGGGCAGGACUGGCACUUAAAAGCAGCGCUUGACACCGGCCCACUACUUUGUGUCUCGUCGUCGUGAGGAGGGAAGGGAGGCGCGGACAGCUGAGCGAAGCGUUCCAUCCUUGCUGUAUACUUCUAGUCAGACAUGAUGUCAGUACAAACUCCACCCCUCUCCCGUUCUGGCUCCACCCCCUCCACUGGGGGUCUGGCAAAUCGCAGUACACCCUCAGCCACCCCUCCCACCUCUUUGAGUCUUCGCUCAUCCUACAACCAGCUGCUUGGUCGCGACUGUGAUCAAGGAGUCGAUGGAAACCGGGAGCUCAGCCACUUUGCCCAAGAGCCGUCAGAGGUAUGCAAUGACCACUGUGCGGAGUGCCAUGGGGAUAAGUGACAACUUUGCUCUGUCCUCCAAGUACCAACCAGUAACCUAGAGGAAGAGGACUCCCAACCAAGUCCUCAUCUAGUUCUGCCCUGUACUCUUCCUCUUCUUCGUCGUCCUCCUCCUUCUUUAACACAACUAACCCCAAACUAGCCAAGAAUGGAGCUAACAUGCAGAGGCGAGCUGAGAGCCAGCAGCUACAGCUGAGCAGGGCAAAUACUGUGGAGAAAAUUCACAAUGAUCUCUUCAAUAAUCCUUCUUCAGAUUGGCUAGAGUUUGGGAAAGACAACUCCCAGCUUCCUCCGUUUCGUAGAAGAACCAAAAGCUUUUUGGAGUACCAUGGCAAAUGCUGGGAUCUGGACCCCAGUUGGGAAAACAAAGAGGGGAAGGAGGAGGAGGAGGAGGAGAAGCAACUGCCUGCAUCAGAAAAAGAACAGGACAGCCCUGCUAAAGAAAGAGACAGUCAGAAGGAAGAGAAGACCAAUGGCAAGCAAAACAGUCACGAGGAAAAGGAUAAUGUGGAGUCUGUCGUGGAGGAAGAUGAGGAGGAAGACGAGCCCACCCCAACACCAAGACAGCCCCUACUGCCGGUAGUGGUUGAAGCGCCUCUUUCCUCCACCUCCUCCUCUUCUGCAAACAGCCCAGAAUGGGUGUCAGACAACCUCAACCACCUCCAGAAUCAAGCCCCAGCACCAAUUCGAGAAGAGCUGUGUCCCCAAGUUCAAGCUAGUCCACGUAGUCCUGCAAAGCCACCUCGAACCUCCCAGCCCCGGGUGAUCAAAGUGGAAUUGCACCCCAACAACGAGAACCAGUUUUUGCAACAGUACCCUCCAUUUUCCCCUAAGCAAGCCAGAGCUGCUGAAAAAAACACCCCUACCAAGAAUUGGGUAUCUCCGCUCCUGCAGGAACCGACACCAGAGACGGGCCUUCCUAAAGUGGGCCUGAAAAUGGAUUUGACUCCUGACACAUCAUCAGAGGAUGAAGAUUCCAGCUGGACCACUCUGUCUCAAGAGUCACCCUCUCCACAGAGUCCAAAAGAGACAGAUGUAUGGGCUGAAGGGGAUCUGCCCCCAGGCUGGCGGGAGAUCUCAGACUCAUCCGAAGUCUAUUUCUGGCAUGUUCCCACUGGCACUACACAGUAUGACCGACCCGUUGCCUCUGGAAACCAAGAUACUACUUCUAGCAAUGUGCCAGACUCUGAGCAUGACCCACAAAAAGAAACACAAGACUCUCUUAUGCUACCAAAUGAGCGCCCGAGCAGUUUGAUAUCUGACAGCUCAGUGGAGCCGGUCCCUUCUCCAUCUGGUUCCUCCCCGUCCUCUUCCUGCUCCUCACCCUCCAAAGGCCUCUUCUCUCCCAAUCCAGUAUUCAGCACUACCACUCCCACAUCAAAAGACCUGAAGGACUAUCCAGUAUAUCCAGAUCCCAGUCUGAAAGCAUUUGAAGGAGCUACACUCCGCUAUGCCUCUCUUAGACUCAACCCUCCAGCUCAGCUUGAGACAGUGGACCUUAACAGCACAUUCUCUGAUCCAGAGGCAAUGUCAUUUCCAGUGCGUUCUCUGGGCUGGGUGGAGAUGGCAGAGCAGGACCUCUGUGAGGGGAGGAGCAGUGUGGCUGUCCACCACUGCAUCAGACAACUGUCCUACUGCAGGAGGGACAUAAGAGACUCAGCUGGAGUCUGGGGAGAGGGUAAAGGCAUGCUGUUGGUGCUUCAAGAUCGAAUGUUAACUCUAGUUGACCCAGAUGAUCGCAGUUUGCUCCACUCUCAACCGAUCAGCAGCAUCCGUGUCUGGGGCGUCGGGCGAGAUCACGACAGAGAAAGGGAUUUUGCCUAUGUGGCCAGAGACAAAAACACGCGGGUGUUGAAGUGCCACGUGUUUCGAUGUGAUACUCCUGCUGCAGCCAUCGCCACAAGUCUCCACGAAAUCUGCUCCAAGAUUAUGGCUGAAAGAAAAAGUGCUAAAGCUGCGGCUGGCAGCUCCUCCCAGAAUGGCUCUGAUGUGCCCUUACAAGAGUUCCCCAUGCCAAAGACUGAACUGGUGCAGAAGUUUCAUGUGUUUUAUCUUGGUGUGACAUAUGUGUCUCGCCCAAUAGGUAUGGACAUUAUUAACGGGGCCAUAGAAAACCUCCUGUCAUCCACAGGCAAAGAAGAAUGGACCCCUGUCAUACUAAGUAUUGCGGACACCACCGUGGCUGUCAUCAAAGAGAAGGAGGAAGAGGAGGAGGUGUUGGUGGAGUGCCGUGUGCGGUUUUUGUCCUUCAUGGGCGUGGGACGGGACGUGCAUACGUUUGCCUUCAUCAUGGACACUGGGAACCAGCACUUCCAGUGUCACGUCUUCUGGUGUGACCCAAAUGCAGGCAGCGUGUCGGAGGCGGUGCAGGCAGCUUGUGUGCUCCGGUACCAGAAGUGUCUGGUGGCACGGCCGCCCUCUCAGCGUGCUGGCUCUUCCUCAUCUCCCUCUUCAGACUCAGUAACGCGCCGAGUGACCACUAGUGUUAAACGCAGCGUCCAGUCUCUCAUAGACACUCUGAAACCCAAGAAACAGCCGUCAGAACUGCCCCAGCAAUGACCGUCGCUACUCACUGCAUUGCACCCCACCUCAGCCUGGAUGCCACUCUCACAGCCACCACAAAAACACUUAACCAGUACCAGACACUGGAAGAGAUGAUGUACAUACAGUAUACUUACUACGAUGGCGGAUGCAGGAAAGCGCCUGAUCAUAUUUAAAAAAAAAAAAAAAAACUAGUCCUGUUUAUGUGUGAAGGGACUGGAGAGGUCGCAGAACUGUUCGAGCUUUGACGGUCAAGCAGAGUUUUGUCCGAGUGAAAACGUCUCCUGGUUGUGGAUAUCUUCACCUGAUGGAUUACAUUAACUUUCACUUGACACAGAGGAUGACCCAGGUGGGGAAAAAAAAUCACAUUUCUUCUCUCAGACUGCUUAUGGAGGAACUCAUUGGUAUUAAUUAUUUUCUUUCUUCUCUGUACUAUUCUGAACUUGUUGACUUGGAUGAGCAACAGUAGCCUUCAAGGACAUAGAAAGGACGUUGUCUUGCUGUUGUCACAAAAGAUUUACAUACGAACAACAAAAUGAUCCAAGAUCAAACGGUCGAAACCCUUCAUUAGCCCAUGGCUGCCCACCAAAUGGUAUAAAAUGUGUCCAACAGAGAAAAAAGCAAAAACCAUUUCAUGUAGAAUGAAGUGAUUGUAUUAAUGAUGUAAAUGACUUUAUGCAGAAAGAAAGAAAUUCAAGCACAAAGUUUGUAGAUAAAUACUAGUGGGACAUGAGAGAUUGGUGAAAGAAGAUGGGACUAAAGAUUGGUUUGUUUUUUGCAUGUUUUCUUGAAGGGGAAUGAUAAAUAUGAGUUUGGGGAGAGUAUUGAUGAGAAGACUUGUGAACACAUACACACAAAAAAAGAGAAAAUAGAAAUGCUUUCUGCAUAACUCAUCCUUUGUUGUCCAUGAAUAGAUUUACACUGGCACCAGAGCAUCCAGCCCCCAACUGAAAGUCUAUAGCCCCAUGUGUAAAAAUGCAAAUUAAAGAUUGUAUUUCUUUUCUUUAGCUUCUUCAAUUAAUGAGUUAGGAAAACAAAGUAGUUUUUAGUGCAUUUAAAGGCUUAAGAUUGUAAUUUUUUUAUAUUACAGAACAAUGAUUUUAAGAUUUCAAGAAUGUUGAACUGCUUCUGUUUAAACUUGACAAACUGCUCAGGAAAUUGUACGAUUCCAAAUCCAGGCUUUUAUUUUGGUAGAUGUGAAGAAUUUGUGGCCAAAAAAAAAAACCACCACAGCACACAAAGUGUUUGCCGUUCUUUAUAUGGAACAAAAACAAAUCAAAUAUGUGCCAUACAUGAAAAAAUUAUCUUUAUUCUCCUAAACCUAAAGAAAAAGGUUCCUCUACUGUAUGCUCACCAUGAAAAUGCACAUGCAAAUCCACAAGACCACAAACAUAUGCAGAAAAAAAAAGAAAGAAUUUAUAUGGUGCUCCUGUGGCUAGGAGCCAUCACCUGCACCCAGUGUGUGCUCUGUGAAUGCAGUUUUAUUUAAGUAAAAAAACACACAAAAUACAAUAGAGAUGUGAACCCUUUCAUUUCUGUUUGUCACCCAUUUCUACACCAUGUAAAUGUAAUCUGUUGUGACAAUAAAUGCAUUACCAAAAAGAGAA